CCGGGCCGGGGCCAUGGCCGCGCCGGGGGCUGCGCGGUCCCGCAAGGCUCUGUCUUCUGGAAGGCUGUCAGGAGCAGCUAAACUAACAAAUGGAAGAAAACAGUUUGUCUUAAGGAAAGGAUGUCAUUCUGAUGUUGAAUUCUAUUCCACUGAAUCUGACAAUCAGGUUGAUGCUGUUCAUAAUGGACUUGACCAUUGUGCAGCUUUACUGAAGAAUGUCUUACACAAGGAAGCUACAGGAAGGGAGACUGUCCAUAAACAACCUGGGAAAACAACUACUUUUAAAAUUACUUCCAAGCCUUUGCUAACCAAAGGAAAUAUUUCCAAGAAGAGGGGGUUAAAAAGAAUCAUUACUCCUGCCCCUGUCCAAAAAGAAAUUGUGCCAAUAUCAAAUAGAAAAGUUGCCUCAUCUACCGCACCUUCUACUGAGAAGGAACUUUCCAGUGCAGCACAGAAUCAGAUGGUUCAAUCAACGCAUGUGCCUUGCAAUGAACACUCUCCUGGGGUGUAUCAGAAACUGUACGAGCAUGUGCAAACUCAGAUGUCUCUGAUAACUGGCCAACCCCCUCAGAAGAGUAAUGAAAUUCCUACUGUAACUCCUCCUCCUACCUCAAAUCAGGGAUGUCAGAACGUUACAGCUUUGAAUUAUCAGUUACCUGCUUCCACAUCAGCACUGUCCCUGCAGCAUUCAGCUAAUCCCUUAUCCACUCAGUCAGGCAUUCCUGUUGACAGUGCCAGUCAAUGUGUGGCAGAGAUGGGAGGACCUGUGGUUUGCCCAGUGGUUUCUGCUGCUCCUGCUGCUGCUGCACAAAUGCAGUCUGGCACUGCUCUUCUUGGUGUGAUCCCUUGUACAGCACCAGGAGCAUCAACCCCUUCAGUGCCUGCAUUGAUCCCAACGUCUUCUGGCACAGAGAUGGCCCCAAGCCAAGGGCAGCAGAUAAAAGAAGCAGACUUGAUGCGGUGCAUACAAGCCCUGUUACAAUCCCAUGAAAUGCUGAAUGGCAGGACUGAACAGAGGGGCCAUCAUCACUGUCCAGCAAAACAUGAUGGCUCCUGUGACACGGAGGAGGAUACUCCUGAAGAGCACAGUGAGGACAUGGUCAGUGAAGAAGAUGAAUUAAAUGUACUUGAUGUAUCUCCAGUGAGAGAUACAAGCUGUAAGACAAGUUACGUGAAGAAAGUUCUAAAAUCUAGAAAAGAAAGUCCAGAAGAAACAGCCCAUAAAGUUGGGACUGUAAAGUAUCUUAUGGGUGAGCUCAGAGCACUGGUAGCAGAUCAAGGUGACUCAGAAAUGUUAAGGUUGAUGAGUGAAAUAGAAGACUCUAUAUCAUUGCUCCCAGCUGUAGUGGGAAGUAUGACUGUCCAAGCUGAAAUAGCUCUGGCUUUGCAGCCUCUGCGGAGUGAGAAUGCCCGGCUGCGCAGGAGACUAAGAAUAUUAAACCAGCAGCUUAGGGAACAAGAAGGCAGUGAGAAGACAUCUGGACAGAGCUGCAACUAUGAAUUGGUUUCUUUGCAGUCCUUGAAUAUGAUGCUCCAGAGUCAAUUGAAAGAAUCGCAAAAAGGCCUUGAUUCACUGCAGGCUAAAAAUGAAGAACUACUGAAAAUAAUAGAAAGUCAGAAAGAAGAAAAUAAACAUCUCGCAAAAGGUUUUCAUGAUAAAGAAGAAGAAUUGCUUGAAAACAAACAGCAUUAUGACAUUCAUUCUACCAAGCUCAAGAUUGAAAUGGAAGAGGCAUUAGGAACUGUGAAGAGCCUUCAGUUUAAGCUGGAAGCUUCAGAGAAAGAAAAUAAGAUUUUGGGCAUAACGUUACGUCAGCGUGAUGCAGAAGUUAAGAGACUGAGGGAACUCACCAGAACCUUGCAAGGCAGUAUGGCCAAGCUUCUGUCUGACCUCACAGGGGACAAUGUUAGACCCAAACCUGAAAAAACUCUCUCGAAAUCUCUUUUGGAAGACCAUGAAAAGCAGAUGCAACCUGAGCCAUUUCCUGGGAGUACUUCAGUAAUGACUUACCUUAAAAAAUUAGAAAUGGAUCAUAUUUUGAUAGAUACAGAUCUUCAAAUCCCAAAUAAAAUUGGAGAAGCAGAAAUGCAAAAUCUGUCCUAUGAAAAAUUUGCUGCUGAAGGAAGUAAAAUUAACAGUACAUUCACAGAAGAAGGAACAUCUGCUCCCAGAGUACUACCAGCUCCAUUGAAGCAAGAUGCAGAAACAGGGAGUGAUUCUGGGACUUUACUAGAUGACCAAACCAAGUUGGAUGAGACAAUUUAUAUUCCACUGACUAGCAGCGCCUCUAAAAAACAGCAGCCAGUCUCUGGAAGAAGUGGUGUGCUACCCCAGAGCAGAGGGGCUUGCCAGAGGUUGGAUUAUUACUGUGAUCUUCCAAGCUCCAUGCAGCAGUAUGGAUGUGAAGAUCCAACUGUACUGGAUAAAUUAAGUGCUGGGUACAGUGUGAAAAAGACUAUGGAAAACACUCUUGAAGUUACAGGGGAUAAAGCAAAGCCAGAAGGAGACAAAGUGAGACCAAGAGGCAUUCCAAGUGUGGCUGCAAAAGAUUUCAUGGAUAAACCAGACCAGCCUCAGCCUCGUACAUACCCUCGUGCAUCGAUGCCAUUUCCAACAGGGAUUUCUCAGAGAACAGGCAGUAAAGUAGCUGAUUUUAGUUGCAUUUCAUUUGAUGAUUUAUCAGGGAGGUCUGACUGGAGUGCAUCUUCUUUCUCAACAUUUACGUCUCGAGAUGAAGAGGACUUUAAAAAUAGCUUAGCAGCCUUGGAUGCCAACAUAGCCAGGUUACAAAGGACUCUGCAAAGUAACAUUAGGAAACAAUGAGUGUGAGAAAGCAAAAUGUGCUGCAGCUAUUAGGAUAAAUUAAGUUUUUCUGAAGUGCAUUAAGUAUGGUACUGAUACAUAUAUAUUUCCUAGCUGUCUCAAUUAUGGAUAGAAUUUGUCCCUUUUUAGGCUGUGGUGCUGUUCCCCUUGAAGUGUACAACUUGAAAUAACUGUCUUUUUAUAUAAAAUAGAAAUGGCUUUUCGAAUUAUGACUUAGUUUUAUACUCUUUACUUGCAAAAUUAAAUGUACUUGUUCACUUGUGGGUUUUUUCCUUCCCCAAAGAACUAUUGUAAGGUGCUGUACAUGAGCAAGAGGUUCCACAGGUAGAGGCCAGGGCAGAGCUAGUUACAGAGUAGCUCUGCAGGAAUGCUGACAGUUACAGUUGCUAAGUCAGAAUCAGGCUAUUCCAAAAAUAAAGGCAGCCAUCAAUAUUUGAUUUUUAGUGUAUAAUAUAUAUUGUAGGAAAUAUACGGAACAAUCCUUUUUCAUUCACCACUGAUAAAACUUUAUAUUCUUUUUGGAGCAUUGUACUUGAAGGAAAAAUGAAGUGGAGAGUCCAGACAAGGGCAAGAAAAGAAUCAUCAAAGUUCUGUUGUUUUCUACAAUUCUGUUAUAGGGCAUGCUUUUUACAAAUGUUUGCCUUUUAUCUAAAGUAAAAGGGAAUGUAGAACCCGUGGGUAAACACAGAACAGAAAGAUGCUGAGGAACAGAAGCAGCAGAGCUGACACAAAGGAGGCAAACGAGGCUUUAGCUGAAAGCUGGCAAACCAGUACAGUUAGGAAAGCACCAGAAUACACAGCAUGAGGAAGGCAUGGAAAUUCUACAAUUGUUGAGGUGUCAAACAUCUCUUGGACAUAAAUACAGAGAGUCUGGACUGAAUCACCCGAAUUGGCUCUCACAGGAAUGGGAGUGGAGCAGGGAAUGAUUCCAGUCUGUUGUUCUCCCAGACAGGCUUUUCCAAAUCUCAGUCUCAAGAGUAUGCAUAAUGUAAGUGUUUAAGUUACAGGUAUGGGAAGCUGGUAUUGCUACCAUUCUGUGUGUCUUAAACCCUCAGCAGUGCUUCAGAGCUGUUUUUCAGGCAAAAUAUCUUUGGAAAAGGAACAGCAGUAUAAAGACCUCUAUUUAAGACUGCUUUUUCUGCAGAAUUGCUGAUUAUUUUUUUCCUAGAAAACAUUGUUGUCCUUCCUGGCAUUCUUUUCUUGUAUGUUUCCAUGUAGGAGAAAAGUCCGUCAUGGUUAUCUCUUUGAGUGGACACAUCCUAAAGUUAGGAUGCUGUCCAUGCAUUGUGCUGGGGAGCAGGUCUGUGAUUAUUUUAGUUACUGGUAACUGAGUCAUACAAAGGUAUGAAGAGAACACACACUACAGAAGAUGCCAACUGGCACUCCUGCUUUGAAAAAGGAAAGUUAGACUAAAUAGUGACUUCAGUCAUGUAGAAUGCUUUUAAGGCUUGGCCUGGAUUUCUGAGUAUUCUCCACACUCAUUGUGCUCAGAUUCAAAAUAAGGUUGAUGGUAUGAAAGUGAACAGGUUUUAAUUAAGUAUUUACGAGUAGUUUCAGUGUAGAAACUAAGGAAAGUUUAAACUACUGUUAUGGUGUGGGUUAAAGACAAUAAACUCUAGUCUUUAGAACUCACAAGAUAGCUGAAAAAAGAUGGGAAGAAUAUUCACUAGUAGACAACUCAUUCAGUUUUCUCCUUGCAGCCAGGACUUUCUCCAUUUGAAGGAGGGUAUUCCUCCUGGCCAAAGCUAAUGGCAGUGUAUGUUAAGGCAGCUGUGGUGUCAGGAUGCCCAAGCACAUUGUUCUGGUGUUGAGAGCAUUUACACUCACUUUUACCUCAAUGGGGGAAGAUGUUUCAUCAUCUUACUUGUUUCCUGUUUGCCUUCACAAAGUCAGUUCUAUGAAAGCAGGAGAUGACUGGGAACAUACUCUUGGGCAUAAUGGCAUAGGAGCAGGUUUGAAAUGUGUGUCCACUUCCAAGGAGGAGAAACUUAGAAGAGACAGGAAGGAGGAGACUUUUUUUUAAAUGGUCCUUUGUUUUGUUCUCCAAAAUGUCAGUCAGAGCUAUAGCAACUUAAUGAAAUGUAAAAUUCCCCAUAUAUGGGCAUUAUGAAUGAGCACUGUUACAUGUUCAGUAACAGCUGCUAUGAAACAUCUCUUCUGUUGUAUGGAUUCACUUGGACAGCUCAAACUGCAACACCAGUACUCAUGAUUAGAUAUUAUGAAAAAAGUUUUCAUUAUGAGACUGGUGAGGCAUGAGAGGAGGUUUCCCCCAAAACUUGUGUAUGCCCCAACCCUGUAAGUGUUUGAGACCAGGUUGGACAACAGGCUGUACUAGGCUUUGAACAACCUGCUGUAGGGGAAGGUGUCUCUGCCUAGGGCAGGGGUUUGGAACUAGAGGGUCUUUAACAUCCCUUCCAACCCAAACCAUUCUAUGAUUUUAUGUAGCCUCAUGUAGGUUUUUUGUAUAAACACAGAAGUUACAAGAAUUUCAUUUUUACAAAUAAUAUUCUGUGAAGUUGUCAUCUGCACCUUCCAGUGAUAGGGGAAGAAAAGGAACUCUUUAAAACAUGCCAUCAAGCUCUUUUCCCUUUAUGAACCCUUUCCCUUGUGGAACAUGGAAAAGAUUGGGCAAUACUCCAGAAUACUCGAGUUUAACCCACAUAUAAUUCCCUGCUCUGGUUUCUUGAGCAAUAAGUGCCUAUAAUCCAGUGUUCCAUUCCAAGAACUGGGGAAUGGUAAUGGCUCCCUGCAAACACAAAGGAUUGCUGCCUUACUACUGUGUCCAAUUCCAUCAAAAACUUCAUAAGGAACAAAAGCUGCCUUAUUUGCCAAAGUGAAGCCAGUAUUGCAUCUGUGUGUGUUAAAGUUACCUGGGACACCAGUUGAGGUCAAGUGGCAGCAUCAUUCACUUGCCCAUGGAAGGGAGGUUUUAGACCUCAAUAUUUCACAAAAUAUUUAACAAAAAAAGCUCCAAACAACCCAGGGAUUGCUGCUGUUACCUCAAGUACCUUUCUUGAGUCUCUGACUUAAUGCAGGCAUUCUUAACGAGGAUGGGUUUUUUCUUAGAAGGGAAAGAAACAUUUUCUUUGUUAGAUCAGAGAAACUAAGGCAAAAAGAAAAAAAAAAAAGUAAUAGGUUUAGUCACUUCACAGUGGUCCCCAAAUAUUGUAGAUGAAUAUUCAAGUUUGAUCAGCCAGAACAGGGCUGCACACCUGCCACAGCACUAGAACUUAGAGAUGAAAAUGUCAAGUCAGAUUUGAGGUAUUAAAGUGGGUAUGACACACAAUUCAGUCCAAACACAGAUUUAACUAAACCAUCCUAGGUAGAUCAGACUACCCACAUUAAUGAUGUGUUUCUGUUUAAGCUCAGGCGGCCCAUCUCAAGUGGUUCUUCAAGAUUAAGGCAAAUAGUGUUAGAGAUAGCAUCUGUCUUCCCCAAAAUUCAGGGAAUUGCUUCCAUAAUUUCCUUGCACAACAAAGUCCUAGAGUCUCUUCUCCUUCAGCCAGCUGCAGGGAUAUUCAGGAGUCUUCACUUACAUGAGUCAGGGAUUUUGCCUGCAGAGCCUUAGGUACAGAGGAGUCAAACAAGUAGGAGAUGAAGUCUUACUGCUGAGCUUACUUUAACCUCUGCUUUAAAGUGAAAUGAAGAGUCACUGUCACUUUCAUGACUGUUCUUGCAGUUUGAGCUGUAACCAGACAGGAGCCUGAAGAUGUCAUGGGUUAGCAAAGCAUCAUCCCGGAAGUGAUGUGGUGCCUGCUUCGCUUUUCUCCUAAUUCUUACCUCACAGAAGGUAAAUAGUAUGAAUAUUUUGGACCAAACCACUACAGAAGAGAACAGCUUUUCCCCAGCCUUUGAUUCGUAUUGCAGGUGAUCAGGUCUCUCUUCAGCAUAAGCAUAGGGUGAGUUUGUUGUUUUCUCUUUAAGGUUGUUCACUUGUACACAUAUGGUAUUUACAUACACAGUAUAUAAGCUGAGAAAUCUUUUUGGUAGAGAAGAAGAUGGUUUCUUUAGUCUCCAGAUUUCUCUUAAUCUGUGAAAAUGGAUUGUUCGUGUGUUCUAUAACAGUCUUGGGAAGUGUAUCCACUCUAGCUUUUUGCCUUUUACUGCAGUGAGGAAGGGAAAGGUGCCUCUCUGUAAGCAGUCCACACUGCUUUCCAUCCCAAGGCUUGGUGAAAAUGCCACAGUUACAUGGGGAUCUUUUUCAGGGAUAAAAUCGUAUGUGAGCAAGAUGUGUCAACCAUGAAAUUCAGAUUUACACAGAUCCUGUGGUCAUACCUAAAUGCACCAUCAGUGAACAAUUUCACUAUUUGAAGACCCAACAGCAAGCUGAACUGAAAGACCAAUGCUUUCACAGACAUCUUCUGUUUAUCAGGGCACAGAAUGGAGAGAAUAUUGUCCAAAGGUUCUCCAGUUGUACUUCUGGCCCACCAAGACUGGAGUCACAGUGCACUGUCAUGCAACAAUCCCCAGUCAUGAAGUGACACCAGUAGUAUUGCAAGUUCAGAGGCAGGGGCACAUGGUGAAAAUCUCCUUUUUGCAUGCACGGGAAUAUCCAUUACUGAAGUUUUUACACUGUGUUCCAAAGACAGUGUAAAAUUGGUGCUUCACUGACUGCCUUUAAAAAGAGCAGCUUGAACUGCUCAAAGUGUAGUGGCCUUCUGUGCUACACUUAACAUUAUGUGGUUUGUAGGCUCUUUAGACAUUUGAAUGUCUAAAGACCACUUAGAAGUAUUAUUUCUUUUAAGACUCCUGGUUUUGUCCAAGUCCAUGAUGAAUUCUGGCUAUUUCUCUGCUGCAAUCAUAAAGCCAAAACAUAUAUUUUCUUACUGCCUCCUCCCAGAUUCUAUUCUGUAUUUAGAAGCUAGCAGUGAUGGUUUUGGACUUGCAAUUAUGAUAUUAAGCUAAGUGUAAACUAUUUUUCUUGGCCUAAUCUAGAAUAUAAAUAGCUUUAACAUCAGUUUCUGGUUCUCUUUAUUCCCCGGGGAAUGCCAGUUCUAUUCCAUAGUUAGUCUCAGUACUAAGAUCAUCCCAACAUCACCCUUGCCCCAGCACCCUCUUUCCAAGAAACACAAGCAAACCAGGGCCAAGUACUCUGCUGUACUCCCCAAGACUUCAGACAGACAGCACUGGGAGGAUGUUCCCAUAUACUCCCUGAACCUUCGUCCCCCUUCCCUCCCAGUCUGCAGAGAUGCAGCAGUUCACCAUGACACUGAGCUCUCUCCAGCUCAAGUGUCGUCUCCAACCAAAGUUUCCUUUCCAUUCAAAGAAUUUUCAGUGUGGCAUUUUUAUGUCUCACACAGGCCCCUGGGCAAGAACACGAUGUUCAAGGACUACUGAUUUUUACCUGCCUUCUGUAACACCAAACACAUGGGAAUGUUCUCACCUUGUCCAUCUUUUAAACCAUGACCCUCUUUGUGAGAGAACAGUGAAGCCACCCUGUAAGCAGUGAAGCAAGAGUUUAAGUGGCUGCUUUCAUAGCAGCCAUUUACUGAGGAACAACAGGCUCAGAUCAGACUUUGAAGUGAGUUUUUUCAAAAGCACUCACUGUUUUUAUUUUAAAAAUACUAUCCGUCACCAAUCCAAUUUGUUCAGGGUAACAUAUACUGAGCAAAUAUAGGCAUCUGCCUGUUCAAGGUUCCUGGUUCUUCCCAGGAGCACUCCUGAACAGGGUCCUGCAAUCACUGCUGUGCUUUUAGGGAGCCUCUGAGAGUCACUAACAACCUUCCCUCUGCAAGAGGUAAUCACACCUGCAAUCACAAUGUCAUCUGAGAUAACAGUGAGCAGUGUGUAUACAGACUGAGGAGUCACAACCCUGCCCAUUCAUACCCUUUGUUGGGUGAACACACAUCAGAGACUCCCUCAUAUGCCAUGACUGUCUUUACUCCACUUUUGCCAUCAUAAUCCAGCCCUAAUCCUCACAAAAGGGUUAAGGACCUCCCCUGGGAAAUCUCUGCUCUGAAAGCCAGGCUCAGAGCACAGUCACUGCAGCAGAGCUCUCUCCCAGCAGCUGGCUCUGGAAACAAGAGCAGGAAUCAUCCCCACAAACCCACUGAGAAGUCAGACACCGCUCAUUCCUGCAGGCCGGCUCAGUCUGUGUACGGCAGAGCCCCUAUUGUUGGUGCUGCUUGGGAAAUAUUCUAGGGAGUGUGUAAUGGGUUGUGCUCAGAUUCUUUUAUCAGAGCUUAAUUAACUGCAGUUACAACACAUGUUCACCAUUAAUAUUUUAAAUUACUGAGAUGUUUGCUAAGUCUAUUCUGAUGGCCUUCUUGGAAACUUCCACCAAAGGUUCCAGAAGUGACAGGACAUAGUCCUGUGCCUGCAGUACUUGGCCCCUUCUUGCUUAAGGGUCUUCAGGCAUGAUCUUGGGUGACAUGUACAUUUCAUGCCCAUGACAGUACAGAAGGGGCCAUUUCUGAAAGUUAUCUGAAGCUGAUUUUCUUCCUUUGUAAACAGCUCUGGGCAUUUCUAAACCACUGUUUUACUCGGCUACAACAAAAGCUGUUGUCAUCCAGCCAUGCUACAGAAAGUGGUUGCAUUGGAUUUGGCCACAUCUUCCAAAUACACUGUUUCAUCAGUCAUUUCAUCCCACAGAAGCCACAAUUAGAAACAUUUUUGCUCCUAAAUUCCAGAAACAACUUCUAAAAGUCUAGAAAUUUCCCCCCAGUUGGCUCCUUCAGCUGGAUCCCCUCUGCUGAAGUAACUGAACAGCAGCUUCUUCACCUUUUAAACAGGAACACACAAAAAGCACUCAAAGUCUGGUCUGGAUUGCCUUUUGCCGAGACAUGGAUGACUGCAAAUUAAAGUAAUUUUAGAGUGCCUGGGUUUUGUUGAAAAAUUGUUUAGGGCUCCAAAAAUCAGCAAAAGAACCCUUCUCCUUUUGAAGUUUACUUUACAGGCUUGCGACAAGAUUCAUUACUUGAGUCACAAGGCUUCUAAUUGAUCAUUCUCAGCCUGUGCUCAGACAGCCUGGUGGUGUAGUAUGCCAAGUCACCAGUGUGGGUUUGUGGGUUUGCAGGAUUUUAAAGAAGUUAUUCUGGCAGUUUAAGGGGACAUUAACUAGUCUUGUUCCCAUCCACCUCUUGUGAGUAUUGACAAUUGAAUCAAGGUUACAAUUAAUGUGUUCCUUCUGUGCAUUAUUACACUCAAGAACAUUGACAGACUGUGCUUUUUUCCUCUGGAGCAGUUUUGCAUUUCUUGGUCUAAUCUUUGUGGCUUUAUGCUUAUAUAUUGAAGCCUCUCCCUUUCCUUCCUGCCAUACUUCUCCCCUUACAAAUACCACGUUGUAUAUGGGUCUGCCCCCAUCUUCAUUCCAAUGCAACCCUUACCAGGAUAAGACUCUUCCUCGGUUAUCCACUGGAGAAAACAAACUCUUACCAUAAUGGAAUCUGAAUGUCUCUGGUAGUUCAAUAUAAAUCAUAGCUCUAACUUCCAGGGACAGACCAAGCCAAGUUCCCCAAAGAAUGCUUGUAAAAUCUGGUACUUGUAGUCAGUGUAAGUGUCUCGGCUCUGAGACUGUGAAGGAACUCUGCAUCUCAGUUUUAGGAUCAGAACCUGUAUUUGUUAGAUUAUUCAGUCUUAUCACUAUUUAACAGAGAAACUAAUAGCUGCCAGGAUGUGUUAGCUAAGCUUGCAAUCAUUCUAGUCUUCCUACUCCAUCCAUAAUUGAUAAUAAAUUGCAAUAUUCUCAUAUAAACUGCAAUAUUCUUUGGUCCCAAUGGGUUCCCAUUUUCCCAUUUUCUAAUUAGGCUGAGCAAGGAAUUGCUGUUGAACUUCUUGCUACACAGCAGUUUUCAGCAGGAUUUUUCAUAAGCACUUUUCCCAUAUGUGAUUGUAUUGUUUGUAUGGCAGCAGGAUUCUGUCAGUGAUUGCCUACCCUUGGCUGUACCAAACACAUUGGAGGAAAUCAUGCUCUUGUCCUAUUUAUUUUCCUUUCAACUAAUUUCUAUGUUUUGGUGAAAGCUUAAAAGAUACCCUAGGUAUCUGUAGAAGGUGGAAGUGGUGACUGUGAUAGUCCUGAUCUCAGGAAAAAUUUCCAUGAAAUUCAGCUGGAGCUAUCCUGGGAAAAGCCUUUCUCCUGCACCCCUGAGCUCUAAUGCUGAACAUGCUGCUGGCAUCAUUACAUUGGAUGUGCAAUUCUCCUGAAGAGCUCAGAGCGCAGUGAAGUCUGUAAGUUUUGUGAGACAUACAUACAACAAAAACUUGCUUUGUUAUAUGACUUUUGGAGCUUUUUAGCUCUCCUGGUUAAUUCUGAUCAUCUGGAAUCAUUUAAGCAUGAAUGAAUGCUCUAAAGGUGCAAGGGAAAAUAGUGCUGCCUAUCUCAUUAGAUAGGAAUAGCAUUGCUUCCCUCAUUUCUCAAGGAAAGGGCUUGGGCCCAACUUAUUACAGUGACAGUGAAUGGCAGUGAAAGUCGGACUGGGACUAAAACAGACGUGAGAGAGAGAGGAAGAGAGAAAGUGAGGGAGAGAGAGGGAGAGAAUCAGAUGAAAUAGGAAGAAAAUCCCUUUUGCAGAUAAAGGAGGAAAAAACCUUCUGCACAACUGACAGCAGCGGACACCAGGACUGGUGACAUGGUCCGUCUUUCCACUUCCAGGAUGGCUGAGUCACUGGAACACCUGAAGGCCACCUUUACAGUUAGGUGUCCUCACAAUUUAUAUUCUAUCGCUUUUGGGCUUCUCCUCUCCACUUUUAUUUCCAAAAGUCAGUUGCUAGAAUGCCUUUGUUUUCAGUUUAAGCAUGCCUGGACUGACAAAGGAUUCCAGUUAGCUCUAGCAGGCACAAGGUAUGUUGUUUCUUUGGAAACAUCAACUCUAAUUAAAACAGUAGUGCAGAUGUAAUGCCCUUGGGUGUUUCCAAUCCAAGGCAUAUUUGGGAAAUGGCAUAAUUUCUCAUCAAAGUGUAAAGGUCAUUUUGGGGACUAGUGGCAUCACCUCAAGUUUGCUCAGUUGUAAAUAAAUUUCCUCAAAGUUUCAGUUUUUAUCAGUACUGAUAUUCCAUAGUUCAGUACUGGCGAUGGAGCACUGGACAUCCUUUGAUACAAUACAUAAUUUCACAGUCCUACUGUCCCUUCCUCAUUACCUUCUCUCUAGACUGCACACAUGAUAGCCACGUUAAAAGCAGAUGAUGUUACAUGCAUUAAAAUGCUAACAUUUGUUAUUCAGCUUUAUUGAAGCCAAAUGAGUUCUGGACAAAGCUGAUACCUCAGACAAAGAUUAUGUGUUCAGAGGAAAAGGGCUUUCCAACAACCAUUUGUCCAGCUAAAGGCCUCAGGUAGAGAGGUGUGUUAACAACAGCCAAUCUGUUAGUGCUUAGGCUGUUUUCAAACUAUAAUGAAAGCAUAUAAUUUUUUUUGCUAAGCAUUUGUUUUUAGAUCUCUUUGAUUAAUUGUUUUCAACCUAUCAUUACAUUUUCCUUAAUGAGAUUACCUUAUUAAAAGCCAUAGUUCCAUGAAUAACUAGCUCAUUCGUGUGCUCAGUUCUUCAGAAAUAAAGAAAAUUAUUUCAAAUGUUCUCAGAGAAAAAAAGUCUUUCACACUAGAAAAACUGUUAGAGCUUUAAUUACAAGUUUUAUUGCAAAUCAUUUAGCACUUGAAUGCCUGUACUGAUGAAUAGGAGUCUGAUCUGAGUCUCAGACUCCAGCUCAUUCUCUUAAUUAAUUAUGGCCAUUUUUGUGUGCAGACAACAUAAUUAUUUCUAUUGUUAUGAGGCUAAAAGACUGCAAACUAGAUUCUGUUUUAGAAGAUGAGGGAUAUGUAUAGAGAAAGAAUCCUGAAAGUCUAGUACAAAUAGGCAAAGAAUAUGUGUAAUUAAUUAUUAUUAGAACCUCUAUUUAAAAGCAGGGAGGUUGAGAUACAGAAAGCUGCCCAAAUCAGAUUACAUUGUAAGACUGUGGUAAAGAAAUUAAAAUGUUUCUUGAGCUCCAUAGCUGUGGUGAAAACAUUUCCCUUUGAUCUGACUAGGCUGCCUCUAAUUUCCCAUCUCCAGCUCACAUGAGAGACACGUUUCUGUUCCUAAUGAAGCCGCACUCCAGUAUAAAAGCAAUAUGUGCAGCAUACAAACACGUCAAACAGUUCCAGUCGAAAAUUAAACUCUGGCAGGAAAACAUACAGGCUGGGGGGGUUUUCUGCAGUUUAUUUUGGGGGUGGAUUUUGGAGUCCUUUUUUGGUUGUUUGUAACCCCAGCCUUUUGGAUGUUUAGGAAGUAAUGAAUGCAGUGUUUCAACUGAAGUGAGCAUGGUUUCCUACUUACAUGUAUUCAGAGAAAGACAGCUGGUAGGAAGCCUCUCCUUUAAGGGGUAAAAUUGCAACUGAUUUUUUUUAAUGUAUAUGAAAGCAUUGGGAAUUGGAAUGUCUGGAGACCAACACUUUCUAGUCACAUGUGGAAACAUCUGUUCUUCUAUGCUUCUCACCCCUAUCUGGAAAGUGUAGCUGGUCAGCAAGGUUGUUCUUUCUACUGAAACACUCAUCACUUCUGAGGUGGCCCAUGAAGGUGCUUAAUCAGCACUGCUAGGGAGAAAAAUCUGAGCAAUAAUCUGAUUUAAGAAUAACCAAGAUGUACCAGAAAUACUUCUAGACCUUAAAAAACCUACACCCCACUCAUAAAGUUACCAAGAUAUCUUUUGAGAGACACUUUCUGUGUAGAAGUAGGUUAAUGAGUGUGGGAGGAACACUGACCCUCAUCUCUUGCAGCAUGCAUACUGAUAAACAGCCAGAUAUUGCCAUAAUUCAUCUGGAUCUCACACUUUACAAUUAUCUUUUUCAGGACUUGAUUUGUUUCAUCUUUAAGGUAGGCAUUUUGCAAUAGUCCCAUAGAAACAUCCAUCCUGAUGAAAAGACACCAAAGAUCUAGGGAUGUAAGCAAGCUGUGGUUAGUACACGUUUGAAAAGUUGACAAGUUCGUUGGAAGAAUCUGCUGGUUAUGAUAUUUCUGUUCUGCUCUGCUCCACUCCUUUAUUCUGCAGUUCACCAAAAACAUAUUUAAGCCUUUGAGCUGUCACAGCCAUCAAUCUUCAAAUAUUUCAAACUCAUUCAAAGGAAAUGUUUUUGAAAAUAAUAGUAAGAGUUGAAAUCUGCAUUGCAAUGACAUCUUAGUCUGUUUUGGAAAUCAGAGAUGCAAACUAGGCAUCUUUUUCCAGAUUAAGGCUUGGAAAGGUCUUAGUCCUCUGCUUAAUGAUUAAAUAGUGCCUUCAUGCUAAAUACAGUGGCACACAUAUACCUACAUAUAGUUAUACAUGUACACAUAUAGAGGCAAAAAAAUCCUACAGCCACAACAUAAUUUUUAAAAGACUCUAAUAUUUUGUUAAUCCUUAUGGUGGAAUAACAGAGCAUUAGUCAGAGUUUUCUGUAUCCAAAGCACUUCCAGAAACAAAAUCCAUAAAGUGCACACUUUCAGCAGAGUCAAGUCUUGGCAGGGAUCUACACUGGAUGUCUUAAUGAAUGCCAGGUACAAAAUACGUACCCACAGCUGCCGUCCUUCCCCAGCUAACAGCUUGUGCUGGAGCAGCUUCAAAGCUGGCUGCAGGCAUAGCAAAUGUAUGCACCUGCACUGGGUAAUUACUGAGCCUAAUGCCAGUAUGGAUUAGCUUCAGUGCUCUUGUGAAAAAAGUAUGGAUUAACUCACAGCAUUCAGCUUAUUACAGCUGUCUUACUGCACAUCCAGUUUUAUGAGCACUUAUAAAGCAAUAUCCAUCUAUGUUCUCUUUUGAUUUCUGAUGAUGGAGUCCUUCAGCUGUGACAUUGGAGUGUACUUCAAAGCUACCCCUUUGUCUGCUUUUCUCCCUUUUUUUUUCCAUUUCAAACUCAACAUUAAUUUGUAGGUUGCUGCUCAUGUCCUGCCACCACAUGUACACCUAAUGUCUAUUUCCAACUUUUAUACAUAAUUUACAUUUUAAUGUCUUUGCACUAAUUUCUUCCUCAUCAUCUGGAACCAGUGGGAAGACUGGAUAUCCACACAAGACAGUUUAGAGGUCACUUCUAAAAAUAAAGGCUUUGACAACCAGUGCAGUCUGCAGUGGGUACCCAUCUAAUGAGAGGUGCAUUUAGGCACUCCUGAACUUUGAUCAGCAUUGUCCUCUUCUGGAAUAAAUCUGGAAACAUAGAAAUGAACAGCUGCUACUUCUGUAGCCAUUCUCUUGAGCUGUCCCCAAAACCACGUAAAAUUAUUCUUAUUGCGAACUUGCAAUUUCUUUUCUGUAAAAAUGUAAUAAGGAUAAAAACUAAUUUCAGCUCUAAUUCCCUGUCUGUCCUGUGUAUGCCUGUUUUGUCUAGACUGUGAGCAAUGAGAACCAGACACCAUCUGAAAUGUUAAUUUACUUUAUUAGGGAAAUGAGACUUAUAUGAUCCUGGUAUCUGUCUGUGUCCCUUUAAUAGCUUUUGAACUCAUUGCCUGAUUUCGAGCUAAUGUGACAGAAGGAGGGGGAACAAGAAGAUAAUUGACCUACUACAAGUUUCAAGAAAAUUAGAGGUUGUAUAGAAGAGAGUGAGCUGUAAACGCCCUGAAAGCCUGCUGCAAGGAUGCUGAUGUAGUCUGAGAUUAUUCAUACAGUAAAGAUCUCUUACGAAUUUCCCUUUUGCAGGAAAAAAACCAAAACCCAAACACCUAGAAUAUGAAAUUGUCAUUGAUCAAGAAAUACAAAUAAACAGCAACCCAAGCCUGAGUUAGCCUGGUGCCCAGGGAAUUAGUCUGCUUAUCUGUCAAAAAGCAGCACCACAUCUUGUGAUGCACAGGAGGAACUGUCCCGAGAGUGAGACAGGGAUCAGAUUGUCUUGGUGUUGGGCUGGGGAUCAGCCACGGGGACCAGGGCUGGCAGCCUGUGGAGCUGGCACUGCUUGGAACAGACAGUGAGCUGCAUCCAUGCUGGGUGAAAACAGAGUGUUUACUGUAAGUGUAGUCAUUUGGAUUUGGCUGCCAAAAGAUUUAGAAACUACAAGGGCAUAAAGCAGCCCAUGACAGAAGUAGCUCUUUUGAUCAGAAAUUACUUGAAUACCCAAUGUUUCACUGCAGGGCUGCAGAGAAGAGAUGCCGGCUUUGAUGUCUGCAGAUUCUCUGCUGCAAGGAAGACAAUCUAUUUUUAAAUUACUCUUUUCCUAGCACAGGUGAAAGGAAGAGCGUAACUGGUAUUAAGAAACUGCCCCUGGAACUGUAAUUUGUAGUGACACUGUGCUAGAAGAGAUGUGUUGUGAGUGCAUACAAGCAGAUACAGUGUAUUUUACACUGAGCAUGUGGGAUAACACCAGGAAGAAGAACAGAGGAAGAUCAGAGAGGAAAAAUUAGUUGCAUUUCUUUUCAGUACUAUGUGUGUCUCUGGGCUGGUAUUCAUUUUUGUGCUCAGCCAUUUUAAGCCCAAAAGUUCAGGGACACUCUGAAGUUUUUCUGUGCUUAGCUCAAGGGUGAACAUGAGACAGAGUCAUCUGCUUUCCAUCUAUUUUCCUUCUCCUUGGGGAGCCCUGUUCCUCUCUAGCAGAGAAGGGAGCCCUUGCUUUGGAGAUGGAGGAGAAGGUCUAACUCUAGGAAUGAAAAUUUGGCUGUCUAUAUGCUGAUGGUGUUGUGCCAGCCUUGCUGGUAGUAGUUGCUGCUUUGGAAGUGCUCUAGAGAGGGAAUUAUUUUAUUUAGAGUAUAGUUAAUUCAUUUUCUCUCCAGAAUGGAAACUGUUCACUUGAAUGCUGCCCUACAUCCUCUUCUCCAAAGCACGCUGUGGAUGUAACACUCCAUAUGGAGCUGAGCACCUGGUCUGUAACCAGGUGCUUUAUUCCAUCAGGCACGAGAGGGCACUGUUAAAUGUGGUCUCCUCUCCUCUACAUGAGAGGUUGCCUGAAGGAAUACGAGAGAGUUUAUCAUAUCUCCAUGCCUGAGAGCUAUGGCAAACAAUUAAACUUUUUAAAGUUAUACUUUAGACCUGUCUCCUCUGGUGCUGUGAGAUGCCAACAACAGGAGGAUGUAUUCAGUGUGUUAGUAAAACUAAUAAAGGACAUAACCACUGUAACUUACUCUUUGCUUUGCAAUCACAAAAAAGGAACAAGAACUUGUCUCAUUUAGUUCUUACCCUACAUGCACAUUCUAGGCAUCCCUUAACCGUCCUUGGUGAGGAGAUGAAGGAGGGCAUAGGGGAUUUUUCUAAGGAAUAAAAUUUAACCCAGCACAAAUUACUCCACUGUUUGAUUUCUUCUUCUUAUAAAUGGUCUCAGACAGGCAGUAGCCAAUAUUUAUUUAAAAUAUAUUUUCUCAGCACAGGGCUAGAUUAUGGAACUAACUCCCUGCCACAGGACACUUUGGAGUCAGAGAACUAUCAUGACUUGAAAGAAUCGGAAACUUUUCCUGUACACCAGAAAACACCAAGUCUUCAAAUGGAACAGGUUUUAGGGUAGUGCUCCAGACACAAGCUUUAACAGGGGAAUGAUUUAGGAAAUAGGGUUCAGCUGCAUCACAGCUUCUUAUGAAGAAAGAGCUGGGCAGCCAGACUGACAGAAUAACUUGGCACGGGUGAGGUGAUGGCUGUGAGGCUAAUAAACACUGAUUUGGUACUCCCAGGCUUCUAAGGAAUCACAGAUUUGCUUCCUACUUGGUAAAAUUUCCCUUGUGCUGAUGAAGCUCCUUGUCAUGCAAAGAUCAAAUGAGUUCUGUAUUUCAAGUGAAGUGAAGCCACCAAAGAGAAGGACCAAAAUGUCCUCUAUUGCUUUUACAUCUUAUUAUUACUAAUCCUCAUUUUAAGCACCUGAAAUGCUGCUUAUAUCAUGGCCCAUGUGCCAAAAUUCUUAAAUAGUUGCUCAGUUGUCCUGUGAGCAAAUGGAGGCCUUCACACUUUGUUGUCUAAGUGCUUUCUCCUCCCUGGUUCCCAGUAGGUUAAGAUAUGUAUGAAUAAAAUACACAAAUGUGUAACAUAAAAAUGCUUUGGAGAAGGUUGUGUUUAGCAAAACAAAUGGCCUGACUUGGCAGUGGGUUAUUUGUACUGCAGGAGGCCUGUGGAGCCCCACUGGGCGAGGUAUUUUCACAGGUCUAUAAAAGAAAAUACUUUGCUUUGGGGAACACCUUCUGCCCCCCUUGUGUCACAGCCCAGAAGUGGAGUUGGACUGUGAAUCGCCUCUUUUAUGUGGAGUCAAUUAGCUCAGCUAAGUGGCCAGAGCUAACUUUCUUUGGUGUCCCCAAACCUUCCUGUAGUUAUUUCUUUAUUGAUUUCUCCAAAAGCUACAUUGACACAAACAAGAUUAAUUCGUGGCUUCUGCUGGUUGUUGGUAGAGCGGGGAAUUGCAUUUACUGCCUUUAGGAGUGCUAUGACAGCCUCACUCUUCGUGUGGAUGAUGCAGUUUACUGUGUUUGAACAGGUAAAUGCCACUCACUGUGGGAGGAAAGGUACAGUAAGAAGGCAGAUCUUAGCUUAAAGUAAAUAAAGCUUCACCUUCCAGCUAAAGGAAAACUGGAAAAUUUUAAAGAUUUUUUAAAUAAAAACUUGAUCCUGCAACAGGAAGCUGGAGUUCAAAUUAGAGUAUCAGUGGGAAUUUCGCAGGAGGAGGAGUCUCCCUAUGAACUGUAAGUUUCCAACCUGCUCUCUGGCUUGGAGAACUCAGUGUGUCUAUGGUAAGUAUUUGCUCUACACACUUUAAAAUGCCAUAGUGGGAGAAGUGGAUUUGAAGCAUACGAAAUUUUCUUGGUCUUCUGUAAUUCUUGGUAUGUUGACAGAGCAGUUAAUGAAAGGCUGUUUCAGCUGACCAGUUGGAAUAUGGAUAGAGAAUGUGCAUGUGGUGAGGAGAUCUGCAUUCAAUUACCCUCCUACCACAGACUGGCUGCAGACAAGACAAUUAUUCUGUGCCUCAGUUCCCUAAUUCUAAAACAAUGAGCUUCCUUUGUCUGACUUGUCUACGUAGAGGAGAUGCUCCUUGGGGCACUGAUUGUCUCUUAAAAUGUUUUUUGUUUUACUAGUUAAUAUAAAGCAGCUCUGAGCAUCUGAGUGCUACUGGAAUUCUCCUGCUCCUAAUCAGAAAAAGUGGUUAAUUAGUCAUUCCCUGGGUUUCAUUUUUGUUUUCUGUAUCUAAUCUUGGAAGAAAUGUUUUUUUUUCUUGAAUAACAGUGUGACAUUGUAUUUUUGGAAAACUGUCUCACGUGAUGUCUUUAUUUCCCUUUUAUCCUGCUCCACCACAAUUGAAGAAUGUCAGCAAUGGUAGUCCCAAUUGCCAUACUAAGCCACGCGGACAAAUUUUUCUUAGACCAAAAAAUUUUGUUCUAAACAAACACAUACGACUACCACUGCAGAACUGCUUCAUUGCCAGUUAUCCCCCUGUGCAUUAAGUUAAACUGAAGCUUUCAGAGACGAUUUGAGAUGCCAAAAUGUCACUAGCCUGGGUGAAUUUUAAUGCAGUCUCUUGUGCAUGUGUGUCACUCACAUUAAAAAUAUCAUUUUGGCAGAGAAGCCACUUGGGAUGACUUAAAAAUAUUUGAGCAGAUAAGGAGGAGACGUAACAGUCACUGGAAGCAUUUCCAGCUUGGUAUAUUUAAUUAGACCUUAUGACUGAAAAUUCUUAUGAUCAUCAGAAGAUCAACAUUCCAACGUAUUCCUGGUUAUAUUUAUUAAAUAUUUCCUUUUUUGGUCCUUAGUGUGAAUGUUUGGAAAAUUGUUAAUCCAACCCACUUGACUUCACUGGCACAUUUUACAAAAGGAGGAGGAAAAAAUGUGGAAGCCACUGAAAACUAAAGGGUUCUUGCUUUGGAGAAAAACAAAGUUCAAGCCAGUGCUGCAGACUGGCUGGAACUCUUCCACAGUUUUAAAAGGAAAAGACCCUAUUGAAGGCUCUUUUCACAAAACUCCUUUGCUUCCUUUGAAUAAAAGAGGAACCAAGCACACUUAGCAGUGUGUAAAACACAUUUCUUUAAGAGAAGCCAGCUUUAUCUUCAAGUCCCAGCUAGUUAAUCUGCUCAAACUCAUUUUUAACUUAAAGUCUGAGAAAUCUGACACCACCACAGGGACUUAAAGCUUUUAGUCUAGAUGGAAUUUGCUGACAAUACUUUCAGCUAAGGCACCAAUAAAGACAGGUUGGUUUCUCUCAUUAAGUUUGGUAAAAAAGAAUGUUUUCCUCUUUCAGGGAAAAAGAAGGAAGGGGCUAAGUAUUCAUUUUGUCUCUCUCUAGAUCUGUAAACGGUACUAGCUACAUCUGUAUGGUAUCUUCAGAUACGUGUGCCAUAGCUGAAUGAUGUGCAAAUACAGUUGUUUUGGAAGUGCCUGGGAAAUCCUGCAUUCCCCUCCUGGAGGGGAGCGUUCUCCUGAAUAAGUUGCAUAUUUUCACUUGCUCUGCAAUAGACAUCUGGCUGUAAAUCCAGAAGCCUGAGUAUAUCUACAGUGUAACUGAGAUUGGCUUCCAAAAUUUAGAUAGUGAACUACUUGUGUGAAACUCCUGCUGUGGGAGGUUGGAAAUCCCAAAUGUGUACUGGAGCGUGGUCAGGUAUGUGCUGCAUUCACAGGUAACUAUAAUAUGUUCUUGCAUUUCUACUGCUUGUGUAUUGGUUGAUAACUGAACAUUAUUUCCUGGCAAAAGCUUUUAAUUACAAAUGCUACAUUACUCUCCCAUAACUGUUGGAGUUACCUAAUCUAAGCUUUGCCAAAUAACAAUUUUAUUGCCAUGAGUUAGGUAACCUUCAAAUAUAUCUCUCAAUUUAUCAUGUUUACUUCUUGUGGGUAACAAAUCUGUGUUAUAUAACACUCGCCAGACAUUGUUUCUAUUGCUCUGUUCUUCACUUUCAUUCCCAAGGGUUGGGGUAUUUGCAUUCUUUAGCUUUGCAUUAAAAAGAAAAAAAAAAAAAAAA